GUUUUGUUCUCCGCUUGAAUGUUCCUUCUUCCACGACUUUUGGGUUCUUGCUGAGUAACGAGAAAGCACUGUUGUUCACACCUCUCUCAACGUUCUCAUGGAACCUAUGGGAACGGUUCUUGGUAAGAACACGAUAUACCACCAUGAUAGCCGUUUAGACACUCGGGUUGGUAAUCGUUAUCUUCAGUCAGCUCAAUAGGAAACAAGUUGAAGGCGUAGUGCCCAUGUUGAAUUCUUCGCAAUGACUUUGCUACAGGCAAUCGAUCGAUAGACAUACGGGUAUGUUCACGCUAUGCAUCCGGCGCGUCGUUUUAUCUCUCGGAAUAUGUAAGACCUUCGUCAGCAGGAGCCAGUGCGACAGGGUAUUCCUAGACUCUUCAUUACCCAAUAACCGGUUACUCCGCCACACAAACUGCGGAUAGAGUUUACCAGUAAAAUCCUUGAACAUCUCGCGUCAUCGUCCUCGCUCGAUAGGGUAUAAAUAAGGACGUUUUCCGCAUAGAAACAUCUUUUAAAUACCCAGUGAACCUUGUUAACAUACCCAUAGAACUUGCAUAGACAUGUCUCAUCCAAAAACCUACAGUGCCUACGCUUUUACCGAGAAGGGUGGCACGCUCCAGAAGCUCAUCAUCGAUUGGCAAGACCCAAAGGAUGGCGAGAUAGUCGUCAAAGUUCUUGCCUGUGGUGUCUGCGGCAGUGACGAAUUCGUUGAAACCGGCGCAUUGGGUAUGCAAUACCCUCACGUUCCCGGUCACGAAAUCGUCGGCGAGAUUGUUGCCGUUCCACCAAAUGAGAAGAAUUACAAGGUUGGCCAACGUGUCGGUGGCGCGUGGCACGGCCAACAUUGCUUCUCCUGCACACCAUGCCGCUCCGGCGACUUCACGCUCUGCGAGCAUACUGAAGCCAACGGUAUUCAUCGCGACGGUGGCUACGCUGAAUACGCGACUCUGAGAUCCGAGGCUGUCGUAAACGUCCCAACCGAUAUCGACCCCGCCGAGGCUGCCCCUCUUCUUUGUGCUGGUGUCACCGUAUUUAAUGCUCUCCGUAACAUGAGUUAUGUGCCAGGCGAUCUUGUCGCAAUCCAGGGAAUUGGUGGCCUUGGACAUCUUGCAAUCCGGUUUGCACGCAAGAUGGGUCUCCGUCCCGUCGCUAUCUCAACUUCAGCGGACAAGAAAGAUGUUGCGUCGCGACUCGGAGCAGUGGCUUACCUUGACUCAUCAAAACUGGACAUCGGUAAAGCUUUAACGGAAAUGGGUGGCGCCAAGAUCAUCGUCGUUACCGCUAACAAUCCUGAUGUCCUCAAUAACUUCAUUGAGGGACUGAGUAUUGGCGGCACCUUACUCAUCCUGUCUUUCCCUCCAACAACUCCGAUCAACCUCGUACCUCUCAUUUUUAAACGUGCUUCUCUUCGUGGUUGGCCGGCCGGUGAUCCCAAGGCUUGCGAGGACACUAUUGCCUUCGCGCAGUCAGCUGGCAUUCGCAGCCUCGUUACGACGUUCCCUCUCGACAAGGCACAGGAGGCGUAUGAAUUCCGCUCCAAGGCUAGAUUCCGAGCUGUUAUCGUUCCCAACGCAUAGAUAUACGAUAUUGCCUACCGUACAUUCCCCUUUCCGUGACUACUAUAUUCUUAGAGACAUCGCACAAUGUUGUAUUUAUACUGCAAUUUAGACUAUGAGCCAGUGUUCACUGGCAAGACUGAGUACUGAGCUCAGCAGACUGACCAUCAAAUGAUCGCAAACUUGACUACUGCGGGCAAA